AUGUACACCAGCAAAUUGGUGGCAAUUUUUAUUCUCAUCACAUGGCUGCUAUUCAAGCUGUCGCGAAUUGGCAAACGCGCUGCAAACUUACCACCUGGUCCACCUACUGUUCCAUUGCUCGGAAAUAUCCAUCUCCUACCCACUAGGUUCUCCUUCGUAAAGUUCACUGAAUGGGCAAAGGAGUACGGGGGAAUCAUGUCGCUCAAAGUGGCGAGUGGAACCAUUAUUGUGCUCUCCGACAUGCAAAGCGUUAAGGACAUUCUGGAUGAUCGAAGUAGUGAAACAGCUUUUCGCCCCUCUCUACACGCCGCAGAUGUUGUAACAGAAAAAAAGUACAUUCCUUUGGCCAAUCCAGAUAACCAUGUUUGGAGAAUGGGUCGUCGUGCGAUUCAGCCCCUGGUGUCCCAUCAAGCAGUUCAGGAAUAUCUUCCGGUCGCCGAACUGGAGACCACUCAACUUCUGCACGACAUUAUACAUAAUCCUGAUGGACUUUGUCAUCAUAUUUCUCGCUACACAUUCUCGUUCAUUGCUUCCGUUGUCUUUGGAAAAGCUGCACCAACAUCCGAUUCUCCAGAACUUGCACAUUUCAACAAUUAUAUGCGUCACCAAUCAAGUACAGUAUCGCCGGAAGCCGCACCAGUUGAUCUCAUCCCAAUUUUGAAAUAUGUUCCCGAACGAUGGGCACCCUGGAAACAGCUUUGGACGGAAACAAGAAGACUACAAAGGUCUCUGUACUACUCAUUCUUGGAACAGUCCGAGAGACGAAUCGAAAGCGGUGCUAAAAGUGGCGCAUUCAUCGAGAGAAUCAUGGACCGUCAAGAAGAACUCAAAUUAACUAGGGAGAUGGUUGCGUAA